UGUACAUUGACCGACGAAUGCGACAUUUGCCUGCUCGCCGUGCAUUCCAAGCACCGUCUCUCACUGAAGAAGAGUUGUGACCGACUCUUUGUUCCCAAAUAAACAAGCCAUGCGAUCAUAACAACAUCGCCACGAUGGGGCUCCGACUCUUCCUUUUCACCUAUCUCCUCGGCGGACUGACCUUCAUCCCGCUGCUCUUGCUCGCUGUGAUCGUUCCAGCAUGGCAUCUCCUCCCAAAGGAGCCGUCUAAAGAGCCAAGCGUCUUCGGAGAGGAUGAAGCGUCGCCGAAUUCGGUAAAGAGCUUGGAGAAGGACAGCAGAGUCGACGGUAAAAGCGAGGGAGACAAGCGAUCAAGAUCUUUGACUGGGGAGACCGCUGCCAGUGGCACAUUUGCUGUGCUGCGACAGUAUGACUUUCAAGCGGCCAUCUCGGCCUUGAAUGCCAAAAAUCCAAACUCGAGCAAUGGAGUUCCCGGCGGAGACGGAAGUGCUGGAGCCGAACCGGGGACCACCACCGGUAGCGAGUCGGUGUACCAAAGCAUGUAUCGGUCCGUGUUCAACAAGGCCAGCAGUACCCGAGAAUUGCUUCAGCGAGGUGGGGAUGGGAAUGAUGAUCGAGAUCAAUCACAACCGGGGCAAACUGGAACUCCUGCCAAAAACAUUCGCCGAAAACCAGUCCCUGCAAAUGUCUUGUAUAUCCUCCUCCGGCAUGGUCAUCUGAUGAUCUACGAGUCGGCUGCACAAGUCGAGGUCAAACAUGUCAUCAGUCUCGCGCAUCAUACGAUUGGGUUACAAUCGGGAGUGGGCAUUGAGGAAGAAGAGGAUCGUCGACUUGUUCCCGAACCUGACUUGUUCAUCAAACGCACAGCCAUUGUUCUUCGACCUAUCGAGCUACCAAAUGGCUCGCUACAACCACAAAUUCCUGGCCACGCCGCUCCUAAACCUUUCUAUCUGUUCUCUCCGUCGAACAUUGACAAGGAGGAUUUCUACCAUGCUCUCCUCGCCACCAGACCCUCGCCGCCCAUACCUCGAUCUUUGGACACGGACGCACUGACUAAACUCCAAAAAGCAUUGCAUUCUUCUUCACUUACGCCCGAGACCCGCGCUUUCAGUGCUCUUUUGGGACGCAUCUUUCUCGCUCUUCAUCGUUCCGACCACAUCACGGCCCUUAUACGCUCAAAGAUUGAAAGAAAACUUGACCGAAUCCCGAAACCGUCUUUCAUCCCGAGUCUUUCUCUGCAGUCCCUCGAUCUUGGCGAUGCGGCUCCGACGAUUUCGGCGCCACGUCUUCGCGAUUUCAAUGCCGUUUCCGGCGAGAUGACCCUCGCUCUGGAUCUCCGGUAUACUGAAGGAACUCUGGCUUUGACUCUGCUUGCCGUCGCCACGCUGGAUCUCGGAUUGGGUCCCCGAUUUAAACCUCGAUCCGUCACCCUCGCCCUCAAGACUUCACUUCAGCGCGUUGUGGGCACUCUUCUGUUGCGCAUCAAGCCUCCGCCCUCGAAUCGAAUCUGGUUCACCUUCGAGACCAUGCCAGACAUGGGCAUCCGCGUGGAGCCCGUCGUCAGCGAACGGAAGAUCACGUACGGGUUCAUCCUUCGCGCUAUCGAGGAGAGAAUUCGAAAUGCUGUUGGAGAAGGUCUCGUGAAGCCGAACUGGGAUGACGCGCCGAUGCCUCUAACGGAGACAUUGGGGAGUCAUGCGCGAGGUGGCUUGUGGAGCUCGGAAGGCGAAGAUGAUGAUCCUCUACCCCACGAGUCAAAGAGGAUCACGAGAAAGACUUAUUCGGGCAGCGCAACGGCGGGACUUGGUCAGCAAAAUGGUAGAUCGGCUUCGACACCCACCCUAAUUCCGGACCUCAGUGAAGGUGCUGAAACAGAUGACUUCACAACAACUAGUCUAUCUGCCACCGCGUCCGAGCUUAAUCUUUCGAAUCCGAAAGAUUAUGAUUCAUUGAGACGGCGUCCUACGACAGCUUCGAUUGCAUCUACAAGCUCCUCUUCCACCUUGGUCGACCCGGCAGCUCCUGCUCUGCCCGCUCGUCGAAAACCUGUUCGGUCACCUUCUCUUUCUGCACCGCCGCCUCCCUCGUCUGCACCUCCCGUCGUCGCUCUCACCGCUGCCGGCCAUCACGUGAAUACAUCAUCUGCCACCCCAGUAUCAUCCGCCGAUAACAGUACCUCUGACCUCCGAGGUGUGGGACCUGGAGGUCUCGGCGUGGCCUUUUCUUCCUCGCAAUACCGCCACUCGCGUCAAAGCAGCGUUGGAAGUACAAAUUCCGGUGCGUCCUCGGGAAACAGUCUCUGGAGGAGAGCAGCAGGCGUGGCAGCUGCAGUCACAAGGAAUUCCCCUGCCUCGCAAAAGGACGCUAUGGAGGAGCUCAGACACUUGGCUGAGAGGGAAAUGCUUGCGGCUCAGGCGGCAGAGUUGAUCGCAGCUCAAAGCGAGGAUGAGUCGAAUGAGCCAGGCUCUACACGGCCUGGAGCCGGAGAACGCGUUUCUGGAGCUGAUGUGGAGGACGAAGCUGAUCACGACAUCAUCGCUACUGAAGACGACAGGAAAGGCUCGGCCGAGGACAUCACGGUUGAUUCAACAACGAACAAUUAUCCCGUUCGCUCCCCCUCACUAAUCUCCAAAUCCUCAACCCUCUCUUCAUCCUCCUCAACAGUACAGCAACUUCAGUCAUCGUCGAAUUAUCCUACUGUCCCAUCUUCAACUAGCCCCAUGGCCUCACCGAACAUCCGCAACAGCAGCACUGACAGCAAUGUUAAUCACGGCGAGCCUGUCUUAAGCGGCAAGAGAAUCACAAGUGGAGAGAGUGCGAACACGACACCAAAUCAAAACAGGAAGUCUACUAUCCUUUCUGCUACUGCUACCGCUGCCACUGCUGCUCGAAACUGGGGCUGGAAUGCUCUCCAAAAGCGCAACGCUGCCGCCGCCGCCGCAUCUGCACGUUCUCCCCGCCAGCAAAACACUGCUCGCCAGCAGCGCGAUAAAUCCCCAUCCGCUGCCGCUAGUGCUGCCGCGACACUCGCUGCCCAACCUUCUGAGCCUUACGGUCGUGGCCAGCCCCUCCCACCGCCUGGCGUUCCACUUCCUGGACCCCCACGUGAGAAGAACGGGAGAAGCGGCUGGAUAGGAGGCGGGCCGUCUCCAGGAAGGACGAUGUCUGCGAGGGGUAAAACGCCCGGUCCCGAUCAGCAACAAUAUCACGAACAAUCAACGCAGCCCGAAGAUUCCAUCGAACCGAUUGAGCGCCCCAAAGCCUCGAAGCGUAACUCACUUAUUCCAACGUUAGCGGUCGUUCCUUCCACCGGGCUGAACGACACCGAGUCAUCGUCUUCCCUGUCUGGUCUCCGGGGCAAACCCUCCUCGGAUAGUCUCGCGUCCAAUCGUGGGAAUGACAGCCCCACGCUCCUCCAGGACCUCCCCGCAAGUCGCAUCCCAACCAAAAUCAGAUCCAGGCCGAGCACAAGAUCCCCCUCCCCAGCAAUGGAAGGAAUGCUCUCCGAUCCCGACGUCGACGAUUUCGGACCCUGGCGGAUGAACAGCGGUAGCGGCCCUGCUGGCGCAGGCGCAAGGGGUUCGGUGGGCGGCUAUCUCGAUUCCAAUUCGGCAAAGAGGAGGAGCAUCGUCGCGGAAAAUUCGCGUGCGACGCCGCCUCCAAUGAAGGUCUCUGCUGAGAAACAUGAUGAACAUGUUGACGACGACGAUGAUGAUGAUGAUUAUGGAGCUUUCAACCACAACCACGGCGACGACGAUGAUGAUGAUCAUACGCACAAUUCUAAUAAACAGCAUGCUUUCCGCGAGGACAUCUUCUCUCUAUCGCAUCCUCCUUCUCAAAACAAUAGAAGAGCUGCAGAUGGCACAGAAGCGGCAAAUACCACAACUGAGACAACCUCUUCGCCACCGCCACCAUCCAACAACUCGAACAAUCACGGCCCAUCGUCAUCAUCUUCCCCCCCUCAGACGAAAAUCCCUCCAGCACUCCCCGCUCGCCGAAAAAGGCCGGUUUCGGGAAUGAUGUCCCCCGAAAAUUCAUCUAUCCCAAUCCCCUCGUCGUCUCGCCAAGUCUCGAAUUCCCACCCAUCGCCUUCAUCAUCCGUCCCUGCGUCGACGGACUUGGCGGACAUCCACCUCGGCCUCGUCCCUUCUCCCUCUCCUCCACCGCAGUCAUCGUCAACCAAGACCAACCAUGCUGCUCGCACUGGCGACAUCGCCUCGCCCUCUACCACCGCCAUCGACCUUGGACCUUCCACCGGGUUGAAGAUCCCCCCUUCGGCGAUCUCCGCUGUCGAGGAGGAGAUCGGCGGGAGUAGCGAUUCUGCUUCUGUUAUCGUCGGCGAACGAGGUGCUGGGCCUCCGAACGGUGAUCGAUCCGGGAAAAAUAACAUCGGUGAGGGGACGACCGCGGCUGAUGGUCAUGGAAAGGGGGAGGAGAGACUGAUUGAUCUCUAGGGGGGUUUUGGAAGUUUGUUUAGCGUAGUGUAGAAAUGAUAUAAUGAAUGUGUGCAAUCAGCGAGCGUUCUUUGCUCUUGGAGUUGGAGGCAAUUCCUGUUUUUGAUUGCGCAUUUGCGAUUUGUCUAUGUCAUGGCCUGUCAUUGAAAAGGUCUUGAUCUUUUUUUCUGGCUCUGGUAAUCGUUUCGACUUAACGGUGGGAAAUCUCCAUAGUGGCGGAGAGAUUGUCGACUCUGAUUCCAAAAACAAUCAUCUUCGAAUGCGCGACUGAACGAGAGGAGCGGCCUUGCCGUAAAUGAAACAUGAC